GCAAAAAAUCAUGAUCAACACCAACAUGGAAACCAUUUAUCUUUCGUUCCUCUUCAUUCUCAUCGCCGCCGCUACCGCUGCCGAUGCCGCUGAAGCCCCACCCCCGGUGCUCGACAUCGCCGGGAAGCAGCUCCUCGCAGGAGCAGAGUACUACAUCCUCCCCGUGAUCCGGGGCCGCGGCGGAGGCCUGACUCUGGCGGCCACCGGCAACGAAACCUGCCCUCUCGACGUCGCCCAAGAGCAGCAAGAAGUGAAGAAGGGCCUCCCACUGAGCUUCCGCCCCACCAAUGCCAAAAAAGGGGUAAUCAGAACUUCAACUGAUCACAACAUCAAAUUCUCCGCUGCCUCAAUCUGUGUUCAGUCCACAGUUUGGAAGCUGCAUUUCGAUGAAUCCAUCCAAAAUUACACCAUCACCAUGGGAGGUGCUGAGGGGAAUCCGGGGCGUGACACCAUAAGCAAUUGGUUCAAGAUUGAGAAAUUUGAUGAGGAUUAUAAGCUUGUCUUCUGCCCUACCGUCUGCAAUUACUGCAAGGUUAUAUGCAAAGAGGUUGGGAUUGUUGUUCAACAUGGACUCAGGCGUUUGGCUCUCACCGAUUCUGCACCUUUCAAAUUUAUGUUCAAGAAGGCAUAAUUAAUCUAAUGUUUCUUGUUAUUCAUUUUAUGUUCAACAAGAUAUAAUGCAAAUUUAUAUCCAAAUUUUACCAUCUUUAUUUAUUGGAAUUUUACAUGGAUUGAAACAAGAUGGUUUAUGUACUGAUUAGAGGAAGUGCUACAAGAAAUUUCAAGAAUCAACUAGAUGAUACUCAGUAUUUUUUGCAUAUCAUUAUUAAGCAGCAUGAUUUAAAUGAUUGUUGUCACUUGUCAUCCUGCACCGUCCACCUAAAACCCAAAGGGUCCACACCUGCAAUGGUGUUUUGUUUGGUGACAUUUAUAAUGUGAACAUGUCUUGAUUAGAGAGAGAUUAUAGGCUGCUAGAUGGAGUCCAUGUAAUUUUAGGACAAGAUGUUGAAUAUGAACACAAUGAAUUUAACUUAUACUGGACAAUUACUACAUCAUUAAAUGGAGGCAAACAAAAUUAGAUAUUUGAUGAAGAAAGGUGGGUGGAGCACUUGAGUUAAGGAAGGGGAUAAUGUUAGGCAAGUGGCCACUCUCCUCUCCUCCACAUGUGUGUCUUAAAAGUUGACUUUGUUGCACCCAUCACCACUAUUCUACCCACUCACAAACCACAACACAUGAUGUAUACAUAAAUAAACUUGACAUAGCUUUUCAUUUUUCAUUGAUGAGAGACCUAUAUAUAUUCUCACAACUCAUUGUCUCUUUAAAUUCUAUAAUAUUCUCUCUUUACAUGAAAGUGUAAUAAAAUGGGUGAGAAAAAAGCUACAAUCUUUCUAUUUAUGGUGUUGUUUGCCUUCAUCUCCUCUCUUCCUCCCACCAUUGGAGUCCCAUCUUCAAGAAGCCUGAAAUCACUCACUCAUGGAUAUACAUCAAAUCAGCAUAUGUAUCAUGAAAUAUUUCAGUUGAAGAAAGGAAGAAUGGAUGUGGAGGUGACAGAUUAUUCAGGGACGGGUGCUAAUAAUCAUCAUGAUCCAAAACCACCGCCUGGAAGCUUCUGACCUCGUUCUCUGCAUAUUAAUUAUUUACAUAUAUAUGCUCACUCUAUCCCUAUAUAUAAGUAUUUCUAUUUCUGUAAAGGGUUUCUUCUUCUGUAUCACAUUGGGAUACUUUGAAUUUUAUUUAUUUAGGUUAUUGGGGUUUUCUUGAA